UCCUGCCUCGCAGUCGCCGCGUCCGCCCCAGCCGAGAGCAGUUUCUGCAGUUGAGAAACUCGAUAGGAGGCAGCAGCUGAUCUCCCACCACCCUAAAAAUAAUCCGCCCGGCGCCCUGCGUGCUUCGGCCAGGGGAGGAACACUCUGCCUUCGGAGUAAGAGUUCUGCGUCCGGGUUUGAAUUUUACACUUAAGACAGUGUAGGAAGCCGGUGUUUUGAAGGUAGUGGAGGUGCACCGGUAGGGGUUUGAAGCAGCGUCAAGCGAUUGCCCAAGAUCAUAACCUCUACAUUAUACCAAGAACUACUGGCAUUAAUCUAGUCUGAUUUAUAUAGCAUAAGAUCACAGGGACUGUUUCUGUCACGCAUGCUGUUGAAUUCCUAGUGCCUAGCACACGGAAAAAAUAUGAUUCGUGGCCACUGCUAAAUCAAUGCAAGGGACGAGAAAAAAGGGUUAAACCAUAUAAGAAGAAAUGAGCCUUUCAUUCUGUGGUAACAACAUUUCUUCAUAUAAUAUCUAUGAUGGUGUGUUGCAAAACCCCUGCUUCGUGGACGCUCUCAACCUGGUCCCUCAUGUCUUCCUGUUGUUUAUCACUUUUCCAAUAUUGUUUAUCGGGUGGGGGAGUCAGAGCUCAAAAGUCCAGAUUCAUCACAACACAUGGCUUCAUUUUCCUGGACACAACCUGAGAUGGAUUCUUACGUUUGCCCUCCUGUUUGUGCAUGUUUGUGAAAUAGCAGAAGGCAUUGUUUCAGAUUCGCGGCGGGACUCCCGGCACCUCCACCUCUUCAUGCCGGCUGUGAUGGGAUUUGUUGCCACCACCACAUCCAUAGUGUAUUAUCAUAAUAUUGAAACAUCAAAUUUUCCCAAAUUACUUUUAGCCUUAUUCCUGUAUUGGGUCAUGGCCUUUAUUACGAAAACCAUUAAGUUGGUCAAGUACUGGCAGUCCGGUUGGGGAGUAUCAGACCUGCGUUUCUGCAUCACAGGCAUAAUGGUCAUUUUGAAUGGACUCCUGAUGGCUGUGGAGAUCAAUGUCAUUCGGGUCAGAAGGUAUGUGUUCUUCAUGAAUCCUCAGAAAGUAAAGCCUCCUGAAGACCUCCAGGAUCUGGGGGUGAGAUUUCUCCAACCCUUUGUGAAUUUACUGUCCAAAGCAACGUACUGGUGGAUGAACACGCUCAUCAUAUCCGCUCAUAAAAAACCUACUGAUCUGAAGGCAAUUGGAAAAUUACCAAUAGCAAUGCGGGCUGUAACAAACUAUGUUUGUUUAAAAGAUGCAUAUGAAGAACAAAAGAAAAAAGUGGCAGAUCAUCCAAAUCGGACUCCGUCUAUAUGGCUAGCGAUGUACAGGGCUUUUGGGCGCCCAAUUCUGCUCAGUAGCACGUUUCGUUAUCUUGCUGACUUGCUGGGGUUUGCUGGACCUCUCUGUAUUUCUGGGAUAGUUCAGCGUGUGAAUGAAACCCAGAAUGGGACAAAUAACACAACAGGAAUUUCAGAAACCCUCUCAUCGAAGGAAUUUCUUGAAAAUGCUUACGUUCUCGCCGUUCUUCUCUUCUUGGCUCUGAUUCUGCAAAGGACAUUUUUGCAGGCUUCCUACUACGUAACCAUAGAGACUGGCAUUAACCUCCGUGGAGCCCUGCUGGCCAUGAUAUACAAUAAAAUCCUUCGGCUUUCUACAUCUAAUUUAUCCAUGGGUGAGAUGACCUUGGGUCAGAUCAAUAACUUGGUCGCCAUUGAAACCAAUCAACUCAUGUGGUUCUUGUUCCUGUGUCCCAAUCUAUGGGCUAUGCCUGUUCAGAUCAUCAUGGGAGUGAUUCUGCUCUACAAUUUACUUGGAUCCAGCGCAUUGGUUGGCGCAGCUGUCAUUGUACUUCUUGCGCCAAUUCAGUACUUUAUUGCUACAAAAUUGGCAGAGGCUCAGAAGAGCACUCUUGAUUAUUCCACUGAGAGACUGAAGAAAACGAAUGAAAUACUGAAAGGCAUCAAACUUCUAAAGUUGUAUGCCUGGGAGCACAUCUUUUGCAAGAGCGUGGAAGAAACAAGAAUGAAAGAACUAUCCAGCCUCAAAACCUUUGCUCUUUAUACAUCACUCUCCAUCUUCAUGAAUGCAGCAAUACCCAUAGCAGCCGUUCUUGCUACGUUUGUGACCCACGCGUACGCCAGCGGGAACAAUCUGAAACCGGCGGAGGCUUUUGCCUCACUGUCUCUCUUCCACAUCCUGGUCACUCCCCUCUUCCUGCUCUCCACGGUGGUCAGAUUUGCAGUCAAAGCCAUCAUCAGUGUUCAAAAGCUGAAUGAGUUUCUCUUAAGUGAUGAGAUUGGCGAGGACAGCUGGCGGACUGGGGAAGGCUCUCUUCCCUUUGAGUCCUGUAAGAAGCACACUGGAGUUCAGCCAAAAACUAUAAACAGGAAGCAGCCUGGAAGAUAUCACCUGGACAGCUAUGAGCAAUCAACGCGACGUCUACGUCCCGUAGAGACUGAGGAUAUUGCAAUAAAGGUCACAAAUGGGUACUUUUCAUGGGGCAGUGGUUUAGCUACAUUAUCUAAUAUAGAUAUUCGAAUUCCAACAGGUCAGUUAACCAUGAUUGUGGGCCAAGUGGGAUGUGGGAAGUCCUCUCUUCUCCUUGCCAUCCUCGGUGAGAUGCAGACGCUGGAAGGAAAAGUUCACUGGAGCAAUGUAAAUGAAUCUGAACCUUCUUUUGAAGCAACCAGAAGUAGGAACAGAUACUCUGUGGCUUAUGCAGCUCAAAAGCCAUGGUUAUUAAAUGCUACAGUGGAAGAAAAUAUUACCUUUGGAAGUCCUUUCAACAAACAGAGGUACAAAGCUGUCACAGAUGCCUGUUCUCUUCAGCCAGACAUUGACUUACUACCAUUUGGAGACCAAACUGAAAUUGGAGAGAGGGGCAUCAACCUGAGUGGGGGUCAGAGGCAAAGGAUCUGUGUGGCCCGAGCUCUCUAUCAAAAUACCAACAUCGUCUUCUUGGAUGAUCCAUUUUCUGCCUUGGACAUUCAUUUGAGUGAUCAUUUAAUGCAGGAAGGGAUUUUGAAAUUUCUCCAAGAUGACAAGAGGACACUCGUUCUUGUGACUCACAAGUUACAGUAUCUAACACAUGCCGACUGGAUCAUAGCCAUGAAAGAUGGAAGUGUACUAAGAGAGGGGACUUUGAAGGACAUUCAGACCAAAGAUGUUGAGCUUUACGAACACUGGAAAACACUGAUGAAUCGGCAAGACCAAGAACUAGAGAAGGAUAUGGAAGCUGACCAAACAACUUUAGAGAGGAAAACUCUCCGAAGGGCCAUGUAUUCAAGAGAAGCUAAAGCCCAGCUGGAGGAUGAAGAUGAAGAGGAAGAAGAAGAGGAAGAUGAGGAUGAUAACAUGUCCACUGUAAUGAGGCUCAGGACGAAAAUGCCAUGGAAAACGUGUUGGCGGUACCUUACUUCUGGCGGAUUCUUCUUGCUAUUCCUGAUGAUUUUCUCCAAGCUUUUGAAGCAUUCCGUCAUUGUAGCUAUAGACUACUGGCUGGCCACAUGGACCUCAGAGUACAGUAUAAACAAUACUGAAAAAGCUGAUCAGACCUACUAUGUGGCUGGAUUUAGCAUACUCUGUGGAGCAGGUAUUUUUCUCUGCCUUGUUACAUCUCUCACUGUAGAAUGGAUGGGUCUCACAGCCGCCAAAAAUCUUCACCACAAUCUCCUCAAUAAGAUAAUUCUUGGACCAAUAAGAUUCUUUGAUACCACACCACUGGGACUGAUCCUCAAUCGCUUUUCAGCUGAUACAAAUAUCAUUGAUCAGCACAUCCCUCCAACUUUGGAAUCCCUAACUCGCUCCACACUGCUCUGCGUGUCUGCCAUUGGCAUGAUUUCUUACGCUACCCCCGUGUUCCUGGUUGCACUUGUGCCUCUUGGGGUCGCCUUUUAUUUUAUCCAGAAAUACUUCCGAGUGGCCUCUAAGGACCUCCAGGAACUCGACGAUAGUACCCAGCUCCCUCUGCUUUGCCACUUCUCAGAAACAGCUGAAGGACUCACCACCAUCCGGGCAUUCAGGCAUGAAACCAGAUUUAAGCAACGUAUGCUGGAACUGACAGACACCAACAACAUUGCCUACUUAUUUCUCUCAGCUGCCAACAGAUGGCUAGAGGUCAGAACGGAUUAUCUGGGAGCCUGCAUUGUCCUCACUGCAUCUAUUGCGUCCAUUAGUGGAUCUUCCAAUUCUGGACUGGUGGGCUUGGGUCUUCUGUACGCACUUACGAUAACCAACUACUUGAAUUGGGUUGUGAGGAACUUGGCUGACCUGGAGGUCCAGAUGGGGGCAGUGAAGAAAGUGAACAGUUUCUUGACUAUGGAAUCUGAGAACUAUGAAGGCACUAUGGAUCCUUCUCAAGUUCCAGAACAUUGGCCUCAGGAAGGGGAGAUCAAGAUUCAUGAUCUGUGUGUCAGAUAUGAAAAUAAUCUGAAGCCUGUUCUUAAACACGUCAAGGCCUACAUCAAACCUGGGCAAAAGGUGGGCAUAUGUGGUCGCACUGGCAGUGGGAAGUCAUCUUUAUCUCUGGCUUUCUUCAGAAUGGUUGAUAUAUUUGAUGGAAAGAUUGUCAUUGAUGGGAUAGACAUUUCGAAACUGCCACUGCACACACUACGUUCUAGACUUUCAAUCAUCCUGCAGGAUCCAAUCCUGUUCAGUGGUUCUAUUCGAUUUAAUUUAGAUCCAGAAUGCAAAUGCACAGAUGACCGACUCUGGGAGGCUCUAGAAAUUGCGCAGUUGAAGAAUAUGGUCAAAUCCCUACCAGGAGGUCUAGAUGCCGUUGUGACGGAAGGUGGGGAGAAUUUCAGCGUUGGACAGAGACAGCUGUUCUGCCUCGCCAGGGCCUUUGUCCGCAAGAGCAGCAUUCUCAUCAUGGACGAGGCGACAGCAUCCAUCGACAUGGCCACAGAAAACAUUUUGCAGAAAGUGGUAAUGACAGCUUUUGCUGACCGCACCGUUGUUACAAUAGCUCAUCGGGUUCACACUAUCCUGACGGCGGACCUAGUUAUUGUGAUGAAGCGAGGAAAUAUUUUAGAAUAUGACACUCCAGAAAGCCUCUUGGCCCAGGAAGAUGGAGUAUUUGCUUCUUUCGUUCGCGCAGACAUGUGAAGGGAUGUCUUCAAACCAUACGUGUAUUUAGCACAACACCGUCAUAAUCUACUUUAAUGGAUCAUGAGCUCAACCUUUGGAAAGUGGCAUCUUAAACUUCGACACAUUUUUGUAAAGUUUACUUGUUCUGUUGUGGGACUUUAUAACGAGUAACGAUAACACUUUAUCAGCUAAUAUUGUGUUUUCUGUGUUGACAUCUCUUCUUCCUGGUUUUUUUGUUUUGUUUUCCAAGCUAUUAUUGCUUCAUACGCUCAUUACUGAUGUUUUUCUGGUGAUUAAGCCAUAUUACCUUUAAAAAUAACAGGUUGUAUUAAAACAUGUAAGCUCCUGUAUGUGGUAAAUCAACAGCUAUAUUUAAGUCUGAAAUAGCUCUCAGGCGUGGAAGUUACAGUGAGGAUUCAGUAUUAUUACACUCUUCUUUGUAAGAAUAAAAUUUUCUUUGUGUUGGUGUCUCCAGAUGUUGGAAGAAAUUAAAAAGAGGACAGGUUUUCUAAUCAGUUAGAAAAUGAACCCCUAAAAUUCAUGAUCUACUAUCUGAGACUUUUUUCUGUACUCAUUACCAUUAGUAACACAGAUGUUUCUUUAUUGGUUUCUUUUUUUCCAUCUAAAUUGUUUCCAGUCACCAACAGGUUGUCAUAUUUUUAAUAACUCUGUAAAGCCAAAACCUUAACUAGAAAGAUCAUAAAAAGAGUUUGAAAAAUUUGAAAAAUGACACCAAAGUUUCCAUUGUUCCCUGUCUAGUAGGAGCAGGGGUCUUAAGAUACCAGGUAUAAUGUGCCUUUUCCAGACUGAAGUUCAGAAAGUAAUUAGGUUUAGUCCUUCAGUGGCAGGACAGCUUCAGCUUUCCAUGGUUUAAUCAUUAGAUGUGGUUAUGAUCCUCAAGCCCUGAAAUUCCACAUUUUUUCAAGAUUCAGGAACAUAGGCAAGUGGCCUUAUUUUCACAAAAUACACGUAUACAUACAUACAUGAAUAUACAUAUGUAGGUAUGUAUAUAUUAAAAACAUGUUUAUUUCUAGGAGGAAGAGGGUAUCUUUUAGACAUUUAUUUCCAUUGGUGUCAUACAUGUAUACAUUUGCUCCUGCUCUCAUUUUAAUGUACAUGUAAAAGGUGUAUCAAAAUUUUAUUCUAAUUUUAAUGUGCAUGUUAAGAGUACGUCAGAAUUUAUGGGAUAUUAGUGUUAUGCUUUGCUUGAAUAUAAAUAAAGUCAAAAAAUACUCAAAAGUCAUGCUAGCAGCCAAAGCUUUCUACUGCAAUUCUAUGCCCAUCUGGUAAAUAUCAUUGAUUUUCAUGUGAGGAUUCAUGUGCUUGUAAGAUUUUUGAAGAAUUACGGUUGAUGGAAAAUGACAAUAUACAGUCCCUUCCUGUAGUUCUUGUCUUCAGUUUAUUGUAUUGUAUAUUCAUACUUGGAAAAUCUGUAAUGUUUGUGUAUCCAGAACUUAGGACUGGGCUGGCACCUGAAUAUAGAGUCCUGACAUUUACCUAAAAUAAGUUUCACAAAGAUGGACAAAAGUGUUCCUCGUUAUUUAGCUUGAAUUGUCACCUUUUGUAGUAUAUAUAUAAACUGCACUGGGAAAAAAUUCCUCAUAUUGUUUCCUGAAAGCAAAACAGAACAAAAUCAGUAACUAUUGAUUUGAUCUUGAAAAUAUUUCCUAAACAAUCCACCCAUCUCCUGGAAGUAUUUCUGCUAUGCAAAUGCUUUGUAAGGCUAAAUUUACACGAUGCUUAGUCCCAAAUUAUUCCUCACUCUUACAGAGAAAUGGGGAUUUACCCUUAGAAAUAAUCCCUCACAAUAUUUGUAAAGUAUACUGCUAACGUAAUGUCAGCAGAAGCAUAUCUAACUCUGCUAAACAGGAAAUCACACCACUUUUACACCUAAAUGGUUACUGGUUCCCAUAUAACCUGUAGUCACUGAAGUUGAGUGUUUAAUUAUUUACAAAACUAAACUGAGUCAAAUUUCAAGGAUGAUUUUUUAAAUUGUUUAAUCACUUGUGUUAUACACAUGAUCUUUGAAUCUAGACAUGACUCAUCUUGAAAUAUGUUUUUACUAAAUAGAUGCAUAUUUAUAGAAGACCAGCCUUUCCCAAAUCAAAUUUCAUAUUCACAAAUUUACAUCUAAAUUCACCAAAUCAGUUUUACCAAUUGUAACUCCUUAAUAUUCGUUAAAAGCAGUAAGUACAUUAAGCUUUAUGUGAAAAUAGCAAGGUUACUGAUAAUGUUGAGAGAGAAAUAAUACUCCUCUUAAAGGAUUGUGCAUCCUCUACUUUCAUGCUCUUCCUCAUGAUCAAUUUAAAAGUCAACUUCACUCUGGAUUAGAUACCAGAAGGCCCCUCUGAGUAACUGAUACUUGAUGUCCGGGACCACGUCCUGUUUGUCUCUGUGCCCUUGGCUUAUAACACAAGUGCCUGGACCACAGCAGGCCCCCAUAAGUGUAGUUGAUUGAUCCAUUGAUCAAUUUCACCACUAGCCACGUGCCUGUAACUCUUCGUUUUCUGUGUUAUGUUUAUCCUACUGUAAAAAUACAUUGCUUUGGUGUUGUAUAAUAAAUUACUCUUUUUGUUUGCUCGAUUAAAAA